CUCGGAGCGGUGUGGACAAGUCUUUUGUUGCCAUGGUAACCAAGAGAGCGUCCGGAAUGAAGUGACGUGAAGACGGAACGAAGCUCAAAGUUAUGGUGAGAUGAAGACAAGGAGACGCAGCUAAUCCUCUCCUGACCUCUCUGAAGCUCUCCCGCGAGCCCGACCGUCGCCGUCGGGUUACUUGCAUGUCGUUUCUUAUCAUGGAGGAGCGGAACUCCAGCUCCCCCGUUCUCCGUUUGGACCUGGAUAACUUUGACUCGGCCGCAGCAGACAGGAGUCGGUAUGUCCUGACGAGCCCGCGCUCACUGGAGUCCUGCGCGCGACUCGGUAUAAAACCAGUUCAGCUGCUCAUCAAAUCCCUGAACGAGCUCAUCGCUGAGCGACGGGAGGUUCCUUUUGGAGUGAUGGGAGUAAUGCACGAAUCCUACGAAAGAGAGCGAUUGAAGCUUUUACGAAUGUGCCGAGAGGAGAGAGAGAGGAUAAUCCAAGCUGAGGGAGACAGACAGCCAGGCAGCGCUAAAGCCUCAGGCUUGGAGGUAUUGUCUAAUACUGAUCAGACAGGGCCUGUGGCCUAUGCAGAUCUGUGCCUGAGAGGAAAGUCCUUCAGCAGGUCCUCCUGCUCUGUCUCGGCUAAAAAAGAGCCAGAUCGGAGCACAGUCAGCAGCACCUUCAACCUGGGAGAUUUCAGACGCACUCCAGCGGCUGAGAUGAAACUGCAGAGGAUUACGAAAAACAUCAACAAGGAAAUGUGUGUCACAGUGUCAGAGAGAGACUGCAAAAUAGCAGCUCUCAUGCUUGCCAGGCAUGAGGAGGAGCAGGCCCGUCUGAAGCUCUGUCAGCAGGAAGAACAGGAACGACAGGACAUGCGCAGACGGGAGGAGGCCCAGCAUGCUGAAGCUGAGAGAAUGAGGAGGAAGAAGCUGAGGCAGAGGAGCAAGCAGUGGCACAAGGAGCUGGAGGCCCGCAGGAGGCUCAGGGAGGCCCAGGAGAAAGACAGAGCGGGAAAACUCGAAAAGGAGGCGAUGCUGCAGGAGGCUCGCUGGAGGAGGCUGAAGGAGGACGUGGACGCACAACGCAGGGAGAAGAUGGAGGCUGCACAGAGAGAUGCAGAGGGACGCAAGCAUCACCAGGAGAAACUGCUCAGGCAGAAGGAAGAGGGGGAAGAGAAGAUGCGAGAGAGGGAGAUGCAGGUGGCCGCAGAGAGGGAGGAAAACGCCAAAAAAAGAAAACUGUUGCAGGAGAAGAAGGAGCACAAGAGGCUGCAGGAAGAAAACCGUAAGGAGCUGCUCAGACACAUCCUCUUGAAGCAGCAGGCGGCUCAGAGGAUGGAGGAGGAGGAGGAACACAUGAGGACCACCCUGGAGAGGAAGUUUCACCUCUCCGGCGAGAAGCGGGCGCGGGCCGCGGAGGCUCGGCUCAAGGAGCUGCAGGAGCGAGCCGCUCAGGAGGAGGAGCAGGUCCAGAGAGUCCAGCUGAAGGCGGAGCUGCAAAGCAUCCAGCAGCUCACCCACAAGCAGAUCCUGGCCCACCUGAGCCAGCGCCGCAUGGAGAGAGCCGUGCUGCAGGCGUCCGAGCAGCAGAGGAGCAGAGCGCAGCAGGUGCAGAAGGACAACAGGCGCAGGCAGCUCCUGCACCAGAGGCUCAGAGAGAGCCUGCAGAGGGAGGAGGAGGCCAUGUGCAAGCUCAGGGAGAACUACGUCUCCAUGAAGGAGUGGAAGAGGGAGAGGCUGCAAAGGCAGCAGAAGCAGAUCCAGGAGGAGGCUCGCAGGCAGGCCCGGGCCUCCUUCCACAUGAGGGAGAGGGUGAAGCAGCACACCAGCAGCAGAACCUUUGACCGGAUGGCUUUGGAAGCCCAGCUGACUGCUUCCAUAAGCCACAUAAAGCUGUGAAACACACAAAAUGAUCCCUUUGUCUUAUUCAGAGUCGAGUAGAACAGUAAAGUCAGUUCAGAUCAAAUGAUGAACUAUGAGGAGAAUUUUCUAUCCUUUCUACUUUCAGAAAAACAAACUAUCAUUUGUCAGUAUUCUUGUUCCCCUGUUCAAUUCCAGGAUGGUGAUUGAUACAGGAUUGUCCAACCCUUAAAAAAGCAUUCUGGGAGGGAAUUAGAGUCGAAAUAAGAGCAAUUCUAGUGGUUGAUUUACCUCUUGAU